ACUUAGAAGGUUUCACAGAUGUAGGAGCAAGCAGCCACCAUCGUCCCUUGUCCUAAGAAGGUUCUCAUGUCGUGGGAGAAGAAGAUCUUGUUGCUGGGCGAAACAAAGUGGUGUCGCCGAGAAGCUUCUGCUGUUGUUGGAGUAGCAUCGAUGUCGCCGGAGGGGGAAAAGUAUUGUUGUUGUUACUACGCUCGUUUGCUUCGUUGGGUAUUUGGUUUGCUUGGUCUUUGAGGAGUCCGAUUUCUUUUACAAUCCAGUUAGGCCUCGUUCUCUGAAGUGUAUAGGGAUCUGUUCAUCUCUAUUUGCUUCUGGUUUAGGACUAAGUCCAUGCCUUCCAAGAAAUCUAGAACCUUAAGGAAGAGGAAAAAGGUCUACUAUAAUGAAAAACAGCUCGGAGAAAUCUUUAGCUCGGAUGGUUUUGUAACAUCGAGAUCCAUCUUUUCUACAAGUGACUUGUCCCAUUUAAUAGAUAAGUAUAGACUUAUUGGCGAACUCAGACUUAUAGUCCCUGUUAAUGAUGAGCGAGUCGGCUCCCCACCAGACGGGUAUACCUCUUGGAGUCCCAUGCAUUGCCAAGCAGGUGCCUUCCUACCGCUUCAUUCGUACUUUGUGGAAAUAUGUGAAUAUUUUGGAAUAGCCCCAUUCCAACUGAUGCCGAACAGUUACAAAUUAUUAACACUACUGCGUAUUUUGCAUAGAGUGUUAGAAUGUCCUCCCCCUGAUGCUUUGGAAGUUUACUACUUGUUCAAUGUCGAGUCCAACCGUGUAUCAGGUUAUGUAGGAUUCUACCAUUUGUGUAGCUAUUCUGGUGGAGAAGUCCUCAGGAGUGGUGUCUCCAUCCCUGGUCGCUACUUUAGUCAAUACUUUUUUACCAAUGCCGUCAAGUUCGAGCAUAGGUCAUUCCGUGAUAUGGGUCGUUAUAGGCAACCAACUCCAACCCCUGAGAUGUGAGAGCGUAUUUCUCAGUUACGUCGAUUAGGUGUCUAGUAUAGGAAUGUGUCUUUCCUCGUUAAUGAUAAUAAUUUAUGAUUGGUCAGUCUACUCGAACCACACCAGUCAGUGGAUUAUCUGUCGUCGCCUCCAGAAUUUGACUACAUUCUCUUUUCUGAGGUUCGAGAGUCUAUGCAUGAGAGGUGAUCAGAGGAGGUUAUUGUUGUUUGUGAAAAGCCCGAGUCAGUUCAUUUUUAGGUUUCUUGUAACGCCCUGGUUACCCUAGAACAGUUAUGGUGAACGGUGAACUGUGAAUUUAACUCGCUACCCGAGUUUUUUGGUUAAAAAUGUGCUUCUAGGUGUUAUUAAUAGGUUAAGGUGGAAAACCAAUCAAAAUGAAAUGAUAUAUUUUAUUUAAAACAUAAAACUGUUCAUGGGCCCAUAAAAACAUUUACAAGUUAUUUACAACUCAAAAUGGUCAUUACAGUUUUAAAUUUACAAACCCGCCGACCUAAGCGGCAAAAAUAGGGUAAAUCCCCUAGUUCCUCUGAGAACUCCUUGGCCGUGGUGGUCAAGCGGCCGCAUAUGUACACGACACCACCUAAGCUCUUCACUCAAGGCUGGGUGAACUUUUCUUUCCCUUUACCUGCACUACAUAGCACCCAUGAGCCAAAGUCCAGCAAGAAAACACAAUAUUGCAUGAAUAUAAUAUCAACAAUGAUCAUAAUAAUCAUUUAGGACUUUCAGUCCAAAAUAGAGGAGUGACAGUUACAAAAGUCACUAGGGUGGGUUCCGUUCCCAUAAGCCAUGUGACAAUAGGGUCACAUGGGCUUUACGAAUAAGUGAUCCUUUCACUAGCUUAAACAGGAUAGGUGCUUGAUGAACCAGUCACCAACAUAACCUACCUCGUGACUAUAGAGUUACAACCAUGGGAUUCUGCUCCCUAGCCAUGUGACAAGUUGUCACCUAGGCCUUUGGCCCUGGCUCUGAGUAACUAAUCAUAGACUAGACAAGCGCUUAUAAGUUUCAUCGACCUUAGGGUCGGUCAAGCAUUAAUGGUCCUAGAGUCAUUCAACGCUGGUAUCAAUUAGAUCUAAUCUUUAAUCGGCCCUGCGUUCAGGACGCUUAUAUCGUUUCUGACUCUCAGGUCAGUAAUACGCAACCAAUGUCGACCCUGACUAGUCAGUGCCAUACACAAGUAAGCAGGAGUUGCUAAGCAUUUAAUAUGCAAUUAAUGUCCACAUUUAAUAACCAACAUGCUUCAGCAACAAUCAUGCAUGUCAUAUACACAUGGUGCAGUUUUCUUACCUCUGAUUCGAGCGAGAAUGAAUAAAAGAACGACCAUUGACAACGAUCUGACUUUUAGUCCUUUAGCGGUCACCUAGUCAUAACCAAAUAUAGGAUACCAUCAACAAAUUGAACAACAAAGGUUCCUGAACCAAGAUCUAGCCUCCGGGACAAUGAAUCCCACUAAUCCAGGUAGUAGGAGCGAUCCCGAGGCCUAAAACUAAGUUCCCAUGAUCAAAACACCCAAUUGGCCUUAAAACCACUCAAGAGUCGCAGCCCUAGAAGCUUGAGUUGCUGCCCCCAGCUACACCAGAAGCAAG